CGCAUCCCCACUCGUCCACCCUGACGUCUGUCAACCACCCUCUACACGAGCUAUGCGUCUCCAACGAUCGCUGGAGAUAUCAGACUUACUUUCGACGAUGCUUUGCGCCACUUGAACUCGGUUCGCUGAUUUACAAGAGACCACGACUACCGGAAACGUUUUGUCAAUGCGCGCGGCCGCCCAAGGGCCAUGGAUUCCAAAGCCGAGCCCAAAGCUCAGGGCUCACGAAGCGACGCUUCAAAAGGACCGAAUGACGGCGGAUUAGAAGUCGUUGAGGCGCGACCGAUUGACUCUGGUAGUGAAGGCCGCAGCGCAAGCUCCGAAGGAUCUCCGCCGCCACUGCCCCCGCGCCCGAACACGUUAGGCUUGUUGGAUGAAGGAGGCGCAUCUCUACGAGUGCCACGGAGUACAACGCAAUCGAAUCUACAGUCGAAGGCCACGACCGCUGUAUCGCUCACGGAUAUCGGCUCGAACAGCGGAGGGAAGGAGAAUAACCACGCCCACGGGUUAGCCGAGAACCUGAGGGCGAAGGCAAGCCUCAGUCAUAUAGCCAGCUCAAGGGCGAGUGAAACAGGCGAUUCUGCGAGCAUCCGAAGCUCUAUCCCGCAUGCAGAUCCUGGAGAGGCCGAUCAUGUCUUUAGCGAUUUUGUCGUGUCGGAUGAACCGGUUGUGCAGCAGGAUAGCUCAGGGUUGCUCCGAUUCCCGGAGUUUCAAGCCGACGAUGUAGAGGACGGGUUCGCGAGCGAAUUCGAGUCGGUAGGCAACGUGGAAGAGGACGGUAAUAAUGAGGAAUUGGUUCUUGCGAGAUGGCAAGCCAAGCAAAAGCAUUAUAUCAUCCUUUCUGCUGCCGGGAAGCCAAUAUGGACAAGACAUGGUGAUGGUGGGCUAAUAUCGACGUAUGUCGGCGUCAUCCAGACCAUCAUCUCGUUCUACGAGGACGCCCAUGAUCAUCUAAGUAGCUUCACUGCUGGGGACACCAAGUUCGUGGUCGUGACCAAAGGGCCACUAUACCUGGUAGCUAUCAGCCGGGUCCUUGAGAGCGACACCCAACUCAAGCUGCAACUCGAAGCCCUGUACAUGCAGAUUUUGUCUACGUUGACUUUGCCGUCUUUGACUCACCUCUUUUCCGUCCGUCCAUCUACAGAUCUCAAACGGCCCUUACAGGGAACCGAGAGUCUACUCUCUACGCUGGCAGACAGCUUCACCAAAGGAUCGCCAUCCACUCUCUUCUCAGCCCUUGAAUGCUUGAAACUCCGAAAAGCUCACCGCCAAAAGAUCAAUAGCACACUUCUCAAAGCCAAGGUCAGCAGUCUCCUAUACGGUUUAGUGGUUGCCGGCGGCCGUCUAGUCAGCGUUGUGCGCCCGAAGAAACACUCAUUACAUCCCGGCGACCUCCAACUUCUAUUCAACAUGAUUUUCGAAGCAGACGCCGUAAAGGCAGGCGGGGGCGAGAGCUGGAUCCCGGUUUGCCUACCGGGUUUCAACAGCAGUGGCUAUCUCUACAUGUAUGUCAGUUUCCUCGAUCUUCGAGAGAACGCGGGCGACAAUUCCGACGACACAACGACGAAAGAAGAGUCUGUUGCCAUUAUCUUGAUCAGCACGAACAAAGAAAGCUUCUUCGAUCUACAGGAGAUGAGAAACAAUUUUGUAGAGCAACUGGAAAACAACGGUAGCUUGAAGGUCAUAAGAGAGGCCGUCGAGAAAGGCCGACCCGCUACAACCGACAUCGUCCCGGGGACAGUCCUCCACCAUUUCCUGUACAAAUCUCGCGCAAACGUGCAGUUCAGCAUGUCGGCCUACGACCUCGAAUUCUCCUCCGUCUCUCGACGUCGCAGACUCAUGUCUACAUACAAUAAUCUCCACGCAAGCAUCCAUGCGAAAUACACGCACGUCAAAGUCCACCACUGCGUGUCCCAGUCAUCAACGUCCUUUGCGUGGGUGACUCCCGUGUUUGAGUUCUACUGCGUGGCUGGUCCACACGCGAAUAGAAACGCACUUGCUCAGAGUGCGAGCAAGAUUGUGCAGUGGGUGGAGCGCGAAGAAGAGAGGCUGUUUAUUAUUGGUGGUGCAGUUUUUUAGCUUGCUUGUGCCGUUUAUUUUGUCGAAGUUGGAUAUCGAUAUAUUUUAGAUAUCUGUCUUUGCUUAUAGAAAUAUAGGGACAUCUGCAUAUGCCAUAGC